CCAUCCUGCACCGCAGCAUGUCGCUCGAGAAGCAUCCGAGAGACAUUCUAAUCUGCUUAUACCCCGACCCGUACAUGCUCCGGUUCACGCUUGACUAGAUAGGAGAACCGCUUUGUUCUUGGCCUACCCUGCUUUAUCGAAACAUGGGAUAUACAAAGAAUAGAGCUAUUCAUGUAUUGGUAGAGGUAUCGGGUUAGUUGGACCAAAUCAUUUGAAGACACGUUUGACUGAACCAGAGCUGCUGUCUGCUGUGCCACAUAAAUUCAAAGUGCGGUGGGACGGCUGAUGCUAUGAGGUCGGGUUCACCCUUCAUUAGCCAUUGAGACAGGUUAGUCUGUAAAUACGAAUAACGGAAUGGUAUUGAGUUGGUGAGGUGGUUCGUGUCAAGACAAGCUUUUGAAGCUGAAGAAUAAGCAGGUCUCUACUGGUCUGGAAUGUUUACCCUCACUGAGGUAGCCUCCCUGAAUGACAUCCAGCCAACUUAUCGCAUUCUGAAACCAUGGUGGGACGUGUUUAUGGAUUAUCUUGGUGUUGUUAUGUUAAUGCUGGCAAUAUUCGCUGGAACGAUGCAGCUGACCAAAGACCAAGUGGUUUGCCUUCCUGUUCUGGAGCAAACCUCGGAGGAACCAAGCGGCUUUACAACGUUUCGUCCCCCCGAGGCUACUGCGGGGGUGGGGAAUGGAGCAAGCAGGGUAACGCUGGCUGCAGCGCCCCGGAUAACUGGAGAUCUACCUGAUAAUGUUGUCCAUCAGAUUCACUUCGCACAGGCAGGUGCUGUUGGCCAGCCUCGCCCAACAGGUGUCCGAACAAACUUGGACUUUCAGCAAUAUGUUUUUGUUAACCAAAUGUGUUACCACGUGGCCCUCCCAUGGUACUCCAAAUACUUUCCGUACCUUGCUCUCAUCCACACUAUUAUACUUAUGGUCAGUAGCAACUUUUGGUUCAAAUACCCAAAGACUAGCUCAAAAAUUGAACAUUUCGUUUCAAUACUGGGAAAGUGUUUUGAGUCUCCGUGGACAACUAAAGCGUUGUCAGAAACUGCAUGUGAGGACUCUGAGGAAAAUAAGCAGAGACUCACUGGUGCCACCUCUCUUCCAAAACAUUUCUCCACCAGCAGUGAAGAGGGCAGUCCAAACCAGUCCACCCCAAUGCUUGUCAAAUCUGGUGUCAAAUUCUCUGCUGAAAAGCCUGUCAUCGAAGUUCCCUCUAUGACCAUUCUAGACAAAAAGGACGGUGAGCAGGCAAAAGCACUUUUUGAAAAAGUAAGGAAAUUCCGUGCCCAUGUGGAAGACAGUGACUUGAUUUACAAGUUCUAUGUUGCACAGACUGUAAUCAAAACAAUCAAAUUCAUUCUGAUCUUGUGUUACACAAUGACAUUUGUUGCUGCCAUUGAUUUUGACCAUGUGUGUGAGCCUGACAUAAAACACUUAAUUGGCUAUGCUAAAUUCCAGUGUACACAUAACAUGGCAUUCAUGUUAAAGAAGCUACACAUCAGCUAUAUUUCUCUUAUUAGUGUUUACGGCAUGAUCUGUGUUUACACCCUGUUUUGGCUCUUUCGGCGGCCUCUCAAAGAGUAUUCAUUUGAAAAAGUCAGAGAGGAGAGUAGUUUCAGUGAUAUACCAGACGUGAAAAACGACUUUGCUUUUCUCUUGCACAUGGUUGAUCAGUACGACCAGCUGUAUUCCAAACGUUUCGGUGUUUUUUUGUCGGAGGUCAGUGAGAACAAGCUGCGCGAAAUCAGCUUGAACCACGAAUGGACGUUUGAGAAACUGCGACAACACGUUACUCGCAACGCUCAGGAUAAGUUGGAGCUUCACCUUUUCAUGCUGUCGGGAGUUCCGGAUGCGGUGUUUGACCUCACCGAUCUGGAGAUCCUCAAGCUGGAGUUGAUUCCUGAAGCCAGGAUAACAGCUAAGAUUUCCCAAAUGAUAAACCUUCAAGAGCUUCACUUCUACCACUGCCCAGCCAAAGUGGAGCAGACUGCUUUCAGUUUCCUUCGUGAUCACCUCCGGUGCCUUCAUGUCAAAUUCACGGACGUGGCUGAGAUUCCCACAUGGGUGUACUUGUUGAAAAGUUUGAGGGAGCUAUAUUUGGUGGGGAAUCUGAACUCGGAAAACAACAAAAUGAUUGGCUUGGAGUCCCUCCGAGAUCUUAGGCAUCUGAAAACUCUGCAUCUCAAAAGCAACCUCACAAAAAUCCCAACCAACAUCACAGAUCUUUCUCCACACCUGCUCAAGCUGGUGGUGCAUAACGACGGCACUAAACUCUUGGUUUUAAACAGCUUGAAGAAAAUGAUGAACCUGUCAGAGUUGGAGCUUCAUAACUGUGAACUGGAGAGGAUCCCUCAUGCCAUCUUCAGUCUGACCAACCUGCAGGAGCUGGAUCUGAAAUCCAACCAUAUCCGCACGAUUGAAGAGGUCAUCAGCUUUCAGCACCUCAAAAGGCUCAUCUGUCUCAAACUUUGGCACAAUAAAAUAAUAACCAUACCGUUGUCCAUAAGCCAUGUCAAAAACCUGGAAUCACUCUACCUUUCUCACAACAAACUCGAGUCUCUGCCCUUACCUCUGUUCAACCUACUCAAACUGAGGUACCUUGAUGUUAGUCAAAACUCCAUAGCGGUAAUCCCUUUGGAGAUCGGCUUUCUGCAAAACCUCCAGCACUUUGCCAUCACAGGCAACAAGGUUGAUGUGGUACCCAAGCAGCUGUUCAAAUGCACCAAACUGAAGACUCUAUGUCUCGGACACAACUCAAUCUCUGCCCUCCCAGAGAAAAUAGGCCAACUGGUGCAGCUAACACAACUAGAACUGAAAGGAAACUGCCUGGACCGCCUACCGGCCCAGCUUGGCCAGUGUCACCUGCUCCGCAGGAACUGCCUCGUGGUGGAAGAUCAUCUGUUCGACUCGCUCCCCUUAGAGGUUAAGGAGGGCAUCAAUCAGGAAUCGAAUGUCUCUUUUCCAAAUGGAGUGUAGGUGGAGUUGAUGAGUGGAAGAGUUGACGGUUGUUGCAUGUCACCUGAAAGAAAGGUUUUGCUCAGGGCUGAUUCUUCUUGAAUGAACAGAUGAUCUAAAUAAACUUAUUUAUAGAAAAUAGCACUGUGUCCAUGCGCAGAGUAGAUCCUGGGUACUAUGGGAAUGUCCAAAUGCUUGUGCAAUAACUAUGUGCUUUUGUUGGUGUUUGCAGGUGUUCAAGAAAAAUGUAGGGAUGCUCAUGACAGACUUGUAAAUGGCAGUUUAGAAAUGAUAGAUGCCUAGAUUGGCUCUGCCUCAAGUUGUACUGUUUUUUUCCUUUUGUUUUUUGUUUUGUCUAUGACUUUUUUCUAGAUAUUUUAAGCUUUUUAACCUGAUUCCAUGAAUGUCAAAAUGUAGCAGUUACAAAUACAACUAUUUUAACUUGUUUUACCUUUUUGUAUGUUGUUCAUACUUUGGACCAAGGGUAAAAGACAUCUCCCAAAGGUUUGUCUGGAACUUGCACUUUUGUCAAGUGGGUAGCUGGAAAUAUCUUUGCCUCUAACAAAAUGCCACAGGUCAUAACUUUUUAUAAUAGUGGAAAAUAAUACUUCAUCUUAAUGGUAAUAAUAAAAAUAUUUUGCCUAGAUUCAGAAGAUUUACUUUUUCUAUUGGCUCCCAAAAUAACUAAAAUAUAAUAUCUUAAUGUUGAGGUCUUUGAAGUAAACAAUCAAUACCUUUUAUAACAAGUAUUUGAAUUAAACUUUUUUAAAUCGAAUUAUUAAUGUCAAAUGUCCUUACCUGUUUUUUGUUGUAGUUGUCUUAUUUCAUGUUUAAUCGGAUAACAUGAAAACAUAAUAUGCAUAACGAGAGCCAGACUUCCGUCUACUAAACCUAAUGACACAGAUUAUUGAUGGAUUUGACUCCAAAUUACAUCCACUUUGCCUUGCAUGCAUGGUGUAACAACUGCUUCGACCUAUUGUUUUUGUUCUGGGUGAGAACAGUUAGUAUUGCAUGACUGGCUGCAGUCCUCAGACCCAGAUGACUCCCUUUGGAGCCCCAAAUUGUAUAAUCGUUGUGUGCCACAUCCUCACAUUUUUCACAUUCUCACAAGGCAGUAGUGCAUUAAGGAUAAAUAAUAUUGUAUUGUUCAAGGAAUGGAAUGGAAUGAGAAAGCUGGCUGGCCAUGAUUGUGAUUUUAUUCUCACUUUAGGGGAAGGAAAAGAUGUGCCUCGCAUUUAUAUAGCUUCUUUUCUCCCAAGAUAUUUAUCAGGAUAUAAUAUAUUUAUAUACUGUAAUAAUUUGUAAAUUAGUAUAUAAUAUGACCACCUAACCAAAUGAUUAACCUAAGGGAUAUUGAUGAUCCUUUGUUAUGAUUCGCCAACCUUUAUACAUUAGACCUUUGACUGGUAAUACUUGACAUUAGCAUAUAUAUUUAAUGCUCAUUUAUCAAAUCAUAAUAAUAAAAUUUAGAAAAAUUAAAUGAAUCGUUCCAUUAGUAGCAUUGAAUAAAGCAGAUGAUCUGCAUUUACUAGAGCUAGAGCUGCUAACUGUUCAUAUCCUGGGGAUUGUUGCAUUAGAUCUCAUUCAUCUGGAUAUAUGGUACUGGUCAUGUGAUCCGAUUGCCAAUCAAGACCAACGAUUGCCAGGUGUGUUUCACAAAUGAGUGACUGAUUAUGAGCAAGUGUGACUUUUCUACAUCCUCAUUUGGAGUGGUAGGGAUAGCUCAGUGGUUAGAGUGUAUAACUGCAAAGCAAGAGGUUGGAGGUUCAUAUCCCCCCCAAGGUGCUGUUGAACCUUUGUCUUUAAAGUGGGCUUUUUGUAAAGAUACAUUUGAAUUCUGAAGGAAACUGAAGCAAGUCCCUGGUUGCGUAGGGGAUAAGCACGGGUACCAUGUAAGCCAGGGGUGGCCAAUCCUGGUCCUCGAGGGACCACUGUCCUGCAUGUUUUAGAUGUUUCCCUGCUCCAGCACACAUGUUUCAA